AUGUUGGAAACAAAGAAAGAAAUUCUGCACAAAUUUCGUUUUCAUCCUUCGAAUGAACUCAUUCAAUUGACACAACAACAACUCAUUCGUCUUCCUUUAUUAAACAAAUUCGUUGAAAACAAAACCAACUUUCCAUUACUUCAAAAUGAUCGACAUGAAUAUGUUCUACAUCAUCCCAUUCGUUUUCCUUGGUUUAUUCCUCUUUUCCAUUCCAUCAACACUCAACAACCUCAUGUUCUUUUCACUGAAUUGACUAUAGAUGAAAACAUUUUCGAUGUUCUUCAAUUAUUCGAUUAUCUUUGUGUCGAUUUAUUUCCUUCGCCUCUUCUCGAUGAACGAAAUCUCCGUUCGUUGAAUCCAACGAAGAAUACAGAUCGAAACCGACGACUUGUUUAUCGUCCAGUGAAGAAUGUGGGUGAAGCACGAACUCUCGCUGCUCAAUUUAUUUUAUCUCUGUCGAGAGAUGAAUAUGAUUUGAAUGAUUUUCGAACGAUCGAAAGCGUUUUCUCUCUCAUCUCAGUGAUCUUCACUCGCCGAGAUAUAUUUAACUCACAGUUUCGAUAUCAUACAUAUACAAUUUUGGAUAAAUGUGUAUUUCCAUUAUUUUUCAAGCGACAUCCAAUGGAAGUGUUGAUUAAUAUUGAUGAAGAUGAACAGAUGGAGUUGUAUGAUGAUUUACAAUCGAUUCCAAUCGAUUUUCAAUGUGCAUUUUGCAGAAAAGGCACUUAUGAAUUGAUAGAAGCAAAAUCGACAAAUCGGAAAUACCAGGGACGCACAGAGUUAAUUCUUUCAAGAUUAUUAGACCGCAUCGAAGAUCAGUGUAGGCUUUUAGAAGAGCUCCUCCAUAAUUAUUAUUCUGAUUUUACGAUACCAAAUGUACGAGAGUUAUCAACAACAGAACCUGUACUGAAAGAAUUAUACUCCAAUAAAACACAAACAAGAUCUUUUUGUAGACUACCUAAACAAUCUGCAGUUAUUCAAUCCAAACCAAAAUAUGGCCGAAAAGCUCAAAAAUUCCGAUAA